AUGUUAUCCUCAACCCCUAUAACGGUCUUGAGCCCCAAUGCCGUCAUCCCUUCAUUAUCUACAAGAGUGAGAAGCAGCUUGACUAUGCCAACUCAAAUAUUAGUCGCCCGAAACUCGACUGGAAACACAACGACAAACACAACCACCAAAGCUAAAGACUCCCCGAUCUUCAACCCCGACAGCGAAGGCAUCAUUUCUUUGGCAAUUCUUGCAGGCAUCUUGGCCUUCUUCGUGGGACUCGUACUCCGAGAUCUGCUUGACAGGCGACGCACUGGCGAAUUCAAGGAAGACAAAAGGAGCUGUCGAAGGGUUUUCCGAACACUCUUUCACCUGCCUUGUCUGAUGUGUAGCAAGGACAACUGGAAACAACUGUGGAUCAAGUUCGCGAAUCUCUUCCGCUCCAAGGCCAACCAGCGUGUGAUGAAGAAGGCUGAUCAGGACGGAAUCGAACUGGUCCAAAGACUCGAGAAUGGGAAAACCGUCGGGACAUUUAAUUGUGCCUGGUCGCCCAAGCCGGCCUUUAAUAGGAAGAGUGGUUCCAAAGGCAAGGCCGUCGACCUUGCCGUUCUCCCUCAGGCAGCCGAUUUCAGCGUGGAUCAUGGCCAAGACGGCCAAGGCUUCGAAUCUACUCCUGUACGUGGUGCCAGCCCAGGGUCUAUCCGACACGGCUCUUCUGAACAUGACAAUGCUUUGGGCAUCUACAAUCCCAGAGAUAUGUGCGCCGAACAGACAGGGUCCAGCUCGACAAAUCACCACCACGGCGCUGGUUCGAGUUCAGCUUCAGCCGGCCGUAGCCAUUGGUGGUCGUCGGGUCAUGGCCAUGGCACUAGCUACAGUCACAGUCAUAGCAACUCCCACAGUCAUGAUCAUGGGUCGCAUUCUCAUGAUUUCGGCCACACUGACUCUGGUGGCUUUGAUGGAUGCGAUGAUGGCGGCGACUAA